GAUUCCAGUGCCACCCUAGGCCAGGUCCCAUGGCAGUGUCCAGGCAGAAUGAGCUGUGGAGUGGCUCUGAACAAGUCCCUCCCAUCUCUGUGCCUCAGUUUCCCCAUCCAUAAAACGAGGAAUCCAGGUGAUAACUCGGUCCCUCCUGGAAUCCUUCCUAGAGCUGUCUGGCUUUUCCUGUUAGAAACCAUAUCUUUCAAAUAAGGAAAACCAAGACUCAGGGGGUGACAGACCCUGCCCUCAGCCCCGCCGGGCUGCUAGGAGGGCCCAGUCAUAGCAGUGUUAGUUCUGACUGCUGUCUCGUCCUCCAGCUGUCCCCUCCAAGCUAUGACCUGUGCCCAACCGGGGGACUGGCCACCAGAGGAGAGAAUCUGGGGUCCCAUCCUUCCUGGCCACCCCUCACUCCAGUCAUUAGGGGGAGCUGGGCAAGCCCCUUUAUGGGGAAAGAAAAAAAAAUGGUUCUGCACUGGAAAAUUGGCCAGUGGCUUCCUUUUCCUCUCCCACCCCCCAAACCUCUCAGUGCCCUCACCCUCAGACAAUGGCAGCGGCAGCUGAUAACAGGCAGCCAGUUCAGGCCAGGCCCCUCUCACUUCUGCCCCUCUUCCCGCCACCUGCCCCCCAGAAGCCACAAAGGGACAGAUGCAGAGGACAGGCGCCAGGGACAGAUACCAUCUCCCUUCCCCAGGCCAGCUGCCCCCAACCCUCCUCCUGCCCACAAUUAGUCCCCUGGGAAGGGAUCGGGGAACAGAGCAGAGCCCUCUUGGGGGAGGGGAAGCCUGAUCCCCACCGUCCCUUCCUUUGCCCCCCUCUUCCUUCUGCUGCGUCAAUAUCAAUUUCAACCAGUGACCUCUCCACCAAUUUCCACACCCCUACUCUGCCGGUCCGUUUCACCGCCAGACAUCGGUUCCAUUUCGACCCUCAGUGGCGGUCAUUCCCACCCCCUCUGCUGGUCAAUUUCACCCCUUCUGGCGGUCAAGUCCAGCCCCCCAUUUCCCGGGCAAUUUCCCCCUCCCCUCCUUCUCCCCCUCCCCUCUCCUCCCUCUCUCCCUCCCCAGCAGUGUCACUCCCAGCCGGUCCCCACCUCCCGCGCUCCGCGCUCGCUGCGGCCAGUCUCGGGCGUCCGGGUCAGUGUCCAGCUGCCGCGGCCUCGGCCCCGGCGACUCCCGCCCCCAGCCCCCCUUCCCUCCGCGGGCAGCGGCUCCCUCCCUCCCCAGAACAGCUGAAGGUCUCAGUCACCUCCGAGGGGAGCGCAGGGGGAGGGGAGGGGCGGGGGACGCGGCCGAGGGGAGGCGGGGAAGCCUUGACGCUGCUGCCCGGGACGCGGCCCGGGGCUGGUGGGAACCGGGGCGUCCUCCCGCGCUCUCCCCUCCCCAGCGUCCCACCUCCCGGCGGCGGCGGAGAAAGUGUCUCCGAAAGCGUGAAGAGGGAUUGGAGGAGGUUUUUAUUUCCCUUUGUGCGGGUGGCUGGGGCCGGAUCGAGGCGGCCCGGCCGGGGACCGCGGGAUUGGGGGCUCCCCGCUGAGCCGAGAGGAGCGCGACAAAGGAUGCGUCCCGCCGGGGUCACCGUCUCCGCGGCCCAACUUUGCGCGCGGCGCCUGCGCCCCUGGGGAGCCCGCCCGCUGCGCUGAGAACCCAGGCGUCCGGACUGGGCGAGGGGCCGGGAGCGUCCGCAGGUGGCGCUGGCCCCGAUCUCCCGACCCCAGGAAGGGAUCCCGGAGCUUCCCGGAGGCGGCGGGCGGCCGAGCUGCUCCAGGGAACCGCGCUGCCCGCGGAAACUCCGCGCGCCUCCGCGGAUGCCCCUCGCCCUAGCGCCUAGCACGCGGCAUUCGGGGCCCUGCGGGACGCCCCCUUCCCCUGCGGUGCUUCCCAAACCCAGCUAAAGCGGGCUUGUCCUCCCUCCCUCCUCUGUCGCCUCCUUUUCCUCCCCCGCGUUCACCUUUUCCUUGCCUCUAUCCAUCCAGAACCCCGCCAAAGGGCGCACCUGAUCUUUCUCCUCCUUCCCUGCUCUUCCCUUCCUCUCCUCCUCCUCCUCCUCCCUGAGGAAAGGGGCCUGGAGAAGGGCAUGUGGGGGGCCCCUCUGACAGUGGCCCGAUUGGGGUGACAGGCGCCCAAAUGGCCAAGUGGCUACGGGACUACCUGAGCUUUGGCGGUCGGAGGCCCCCUCCGCAGCCGCCCACCCCAGACUACACCGAGAGCGACAUCCUGAGGGCCUACCGCGCGCAGAAGAACCUGGACUUCGAAGACCCCUAUGAGGACGCGGAGAGCCGCUUGGAGCCGGACCCCGCGGGCCCUGGGGACUCCAAGAACCCCGGAGAUGCCAAGUACGGCUCUCCCAAGCACCGGCUCAUCAAGGUGGAGGCUGCGGAUAUGGCCAGAGCCAAGGCCCUUCUGGGCGGCCCCGGGGAGGAGCUGGAAGCUGACACUGAGUAUUCGGACCCCUUUGAUGCUCAGCCUCAUCCUGCACCCCCUGAUGAUGGGUACAUGGAGCCCUACGACGCCCAACGGGUCAUGAGUGAACUGCCCGGCAGAGGGGUGCAACUCUAUGACACCCCUUAUGAGGAACAGGACCCAGAGACAGCAGAUGGACCCCCUUCUGGGCAGAAGCCUCGGCAGAGCCGGAUGCCCCAGGAGGAUGAACGGCCAGCAGAUGAGUAUGAUCAGCCCUGGGAGUGGAAGAAAGACCACAUCUCCAGGGCGUUUGCAGUGCAGUUUGACAGUCCAGAGUGGGAGAGGACUCCAGGCUCAGCCAAGGAGCUCCGGAGACCCCCACCCAGAAGCCCCCAGCCUGCGGAGCGUGUGGACCCAGCCCUGCCCCUGGAGAAACAGCCGUGGUUUCAUGGCCCCCUGAACAGGGCGGAUGCAGAGGGCCUCCUGUCCCUCUGCAAGGAAGGCAGCUACCUAGUGCGGCUCAGCGAGACCAGCCCCCAGGACUGCUCCUUGUCUCUCAGGAGCAGCCAGGGCUUCCUGCAUCUGAAGUUCGCGCGGACCCGAGAGAACCAGGUGGUGCUGGGCCAACACAGCGGGCCCUUCCCCAGCGUGCCCGAGCUCGUCCUCCACUACAGUUCACGCCCACUGCCGGUGCAGGGCGCUGAGCAUCUGGCUCUGCUGUACCCCGUGGUCACGCAGACCCCCUGACAGUGACCCUCGGCCCCCUUUUGAGUCCUCGGGCCCAGAAUUGUAUCCCAAAGCCGUCCCAUGGCCUAGAAAAUAAAUAAGUUAUUGUUU